ACUACUAGAUAAAGAAUAUAAUUAUACUAUAAGCAAGUGAAUUGACAUUGCAAAAAAGGAUAGAAUAAAAGAAACAAUAAUAAUGGAUUCGAAUGAUCAACAGCAGCAAAAUCAACAGAAUAGUGGGACGAUCCAAGUUAUGCCAACAGUAUUAGCAAAUGGACAGCAGAUAUUUCUACAACAAUUGCAACAAACUCUAGGUGCUGGAAAUGGACAGCAGCAAUCAAUACAAGUUUUACCGAUACAAGCAAUAGGUCAACAAGGAGGAACAACGUUAAUAGUUCAGCCGCAAGUACAACCACAGCCUCAAAUUGUACAAUUAGCCGACGGACAGACGUUUAUUUAUCAGCCAAUGAUACCUGAUACAGCACAACCCCAAAUAGUUAAUAUUAAUGGAAACUUCUAUCAAAUUCCCGCCCAACAACAUCAACAACAAACGACAGCAAGUAUUCAAAGCUCUCCUGCAACGACCACGCAACAAAAUCAGCCUACACAGCAAGUCAUGAUGAUGACAUCGACGCAAAACAUCCCCACAAAUAAGCCUGAGCCUCAAAAUCCUGUUUCAGUUCCCCUAAACAAUAUCACAAUUAAUCCUUCAGCCGAUCCAAGUCCACCACCAUCUACGAGUACUGCUUCGCCUGUUCCAACCGUCGAAUCCGAAGAGGAACCACUCUAUGUUAAUGCUAAACAAUACAAACGAAUACUAAAGAGGCGAGCGGCUCGUGCGAAAUUGGAAGCACAAGGGAAAAUUCCAAAAGAGCGACCAAAAUAUCUCUACGAAUCAAGGCACCGACAUGCAAUGAAUAGAAACGCAGAGCUUCUGACUCUGACCUAUGGUGCUCUCGUGACUCAAAUGUUGAGAGAUUUUGAGAAUGUCGAAGAUGUCAACAAACAACUCGAGAGACUUGGAUAUAAUAUGGGAAUGAGAUUAAUUGAAGAUUACUUAUCCAAAACAAACUCAUCGCGUUGUCUCGACAUGAGAGAUACUGCUGAAAAAAUACAGGCUGCAUUCAGAAUGUAUUUAAACGUGCAACCAACAAUCUCGAAUUGGGCUGCAUCAGGCGAUGAAUUUUCUCUCAUUUUUGACAAUAAUCCAUUAACGGAAUUUGUUGAAUUACCAUCAGACUUAACGAAUCUUCGUUAUUGCGGUAUUAUUAAUGGAUGCAUUCGAGGUGCUCUAGAAAUGGUUCAAUUGGAAGUGCAAUGUUGGUUUGCUCAGGAUCAAUUAAAGGGCGAUUCAUCCACAGAAGUUCGUGUUAAGUUUAUUCGCAAAAUGGAUGAUCAAAUGCCUGGAGAAGAUUAAGUUAUUCCAUUCCAAAAAAUAAAAUAUAAAUAACUAGCUUCUUA